AUGGGAGGGGCUCAGGCGAAGGAGGCUGUGCAGUACUUCACGGAUGUGGCGUGUGCCGAGGCCGAUCCGGAGGAGAAGGAGUUUGUUGAGCGUUUGACGCGCUACAAGAAAGACAUUUGCUUUGGUGCUGAAUACUUCGGGGCGUCUUUGCCUGUUCUUCGGGAGCUAGUGCCGUUAUGUGUAAAGACUCAACGGGUGCGAUGGCUUUUUUCCUUUUGUCUGCAACAGCUGGAGCACGCCUCGUGCAACUACAAUCAGGGCCACAGCGAUGCGUUUAUCGCCACCCUACACAUCACGGAGUUUGUCGUUCGUUACGCCCAUCAGGUAUCGCGCGGGGAUGCCGCACAGCUGUUGGACAUCAUCAUGGGGAAGGCUCCACACGGUACAGACGGUGCGACGACGAUGCAGUGGACAUCCACGGAGGCAAAUAAGGUGUGUUGUGCACUGAUGGAUUAUUGCGUCUCCGUGCCGGUAACGUAUGCGACGGCGGAGGCCCACAAUGGGGUGGUAAGCCUAUUAUUGUCCAUGAACUCUUCUGCCCUCUAUCACAGCACGACUUUUGAUGGAAAACAUAUGGAUGUGUUCACGGAGAUCAUGAUGUCAUAUGAGGGACUCGGAGCAUUUAUCGCAACCCUGCUGAAGCGAUUGGUAGAGUGGGGGUCGGGACGUCUUUCACCCUCUCCGUUGUUAUAUCGUGACGGCCAUCAACCAUCACUGCGAAACAUGUACAACGUGUUUGGCAACGGAAAGGGUAAUAAUUCCAUCAGCUGCAGAGAGAGUUUGGGACGACAUUGCGCUCAACUGCUGGCUGUGCUUCUGGCACAUUUAAAGGGGAAUGGACAAAAUCUCGCUAUGGAGUAUAUUAAAAAAAUAGAAAAUGAGGAUCCCGUGCCUUUUGCUGCGCUUUUGACUGCCUUUGUCAACCGACUAAAGGUGUGUCCCUCACUUUGUAUUGUGUUGUACGUUCUUGUAUACGAUCAUCCUACGUUCCUACACACCACAAUGACACUUCAUGCGAAGGAGUUGUUGGAUGUCAUACAAGAGGUGCUUCAUCUUAGCUACAUUGCAGCAACGGAGACUGGGGAAGGGAAUAUGGCUUGUAACAAUAGUAUUUCUUCAACGCAUCCCACCACAACAACCCUUGAGAGUUGUCAGGUUUUCAUUUACAGAGAGGUAUUAACACCAGAAUGUGUGGCCCAGCUUCUGAAGGAUAUGGUGCAAUUUUCGUACCCAUUUAUUGGGUUUAUGACCAGUACACUGGUGUUACUCUUCUCACAGGACCAAGUACUUAACAGGAAUAUGAGCGAUACAAUCAUUGAACCCCGUUUUAAGGCAGGACGAUUUAGUGGCAAGAUGUCGAUUAUUUCUUUGUGCGUUGUGGUUCUUGCUCAUGGAAUUCUCAGAGCAAUGAACGAAAGAAAUGAACCUUUGGCAUCUGUAUUUGUUCCUAGUUUGUCGAAUUUGGCCCCCUUUAUUUAUGAUAUAGAUGCUUACACUUCCCAGCAGUUGAUACGGCUGUUGGUUUUAAUUAUUCGAAAGCUACGACGUUCCUCUGGGCUUAUUCAGAUGGAUGAAAAAGAGGUCAGUUUGACAACUGAAAGCACCAUUCGAGAGGGAGCGGCAGAAAUGAAGGAGGAUACCGAGAGUCAAAUGUUUCUCCGUCAGUUAAAAUUGUUGGUGGAGGCGGUGGAGGCCAUGCUGCAGGGUGAGGAUCGACAGAACGACUCACUUGUGUAUGAACUGCUUUAUAAUCGUUCAAAGCUACAGGAAGGAAUAUCAGCAGAUAGUCCAUGCUCACAUCUUGCGGCUGCACACGCGGCGUUGGUGCCACUGUUUCGCAUUGCAGACUACUACGAAACAGAAUUGGCAAGUGUCACCUCGGCGGAGAGUUAUCAAGACAUAUUGGGAGUCAUCCGGCGUGCGGCACGGGAGCAGACGGGGUCUAUUCCAACUGUGAAGAACCAUUCACCCACGUCGGUCCCUGCCAAAUCAGCUGGAAGUGCACCAUGGAGGCCUCGGGAGAUUCUUUAUGUCUACGAGGAGUCCCUACAAAGCUACGACUUCUUUGGCCCCUUUGUCUGGUCGACGCUGUUGUGUGAUGCCAUUUAUCCAGGUGGUCUAUUGUGGGCCACCGAUACCACCGCACUGGAGAUGUUUUCCCAGUAA